AUGUUUCUCCCGUGCUCCUCUCGGCCAGCCGCCCGCCACGCUGUCGGCGCUAUAGCAACGGUAGCUAGCUGCAGGGCCAGUGGAGCGCUAGGCCAUGUCUGGUCCAACUGAUGAGACUGCAGGAGACUUGCCUGUGAAAGAUACAGGUCUAAACCUCUUUGGAAUGGGAGGGUUACAAGAAGCUUCAACAACACGGACAAUGAAGUCUCGCCAGGCAGUGUCACGUGUCAGUCGUGAGGAACUGGAAGACAGAUUUUUGCGUUUGCAUGAUGAGAACAUUUUACUUAAACAGCAUGCCCGCAAGCAAGAGGAUAAAAUUAAAAGAAUGGCCACCAAGUUAAUACGGCUAGUUAAUGACAAGAAAAGAUAUGAGCGGGUUGGUGGCGGCCCCAAGCGGCUCGGACGAGAUGUGGAAAUGGAAGAAAUGAUUGAGCAGCUGCAAGAGAAAGUUCAUGAGCUUGAAAGACAAAAUGAAGCCCUCAAAAACAGACUGAUUUCAGCCAAACAGCAACUUCAAACCCAGGGUUACAGGCAAACUCCAUACAAUAAUGUACAAUCUCGUAUUAACACUGGACGUAGAAAAGCAAAUGAAAAUGCAGGCUUACAGGAAUGCCCCAGGAAAGGUAUAAGAUUCCAAGAUGUAGAUGUAGCAGAAACUCUACAUCCCAUGUUUACAAAAUAUGGCAACACUUUACUUGAAGAAGCCAGAGGAGAAAUAAGAAAUUUGGAAAAUGUUAUUCAGUCACAAAGAGACCAGAUAGAGGAGUUAGAGCACUUGGCUGAGAUCCUGAAAACUCAGUUGAGGAGAAAAGAAAAUGAAAUUGAGUUAUCUCUUCUUCAGCUUCGAGAACAGCAAGCUACAGAUCAAAGGUCAAAUAUUCGGGACAAUGUAGAAAUGAUUAAGCUUCAUAAACAGCUAGUGGAGAAAAGCAAUGCUCUUUCGGCAAUGGAAGGAAAAUUUAUUCAGCUUCAAGAGAAGCAAAGAACUCUCAGAAUCAGCCACGAUGCUUUGAUGGCGAAUGGGGAUGAGCUAAACAUGCAACUUAAAGAGCAGCGUUUAAAAUGCUGCAGUCUUGAGAAACAGUUACAUUCUAUGAAGUUUUCUGAAAGAAGAAUAGAAGAGCUGCAGGAUAGAAUUAAUGAUUUAGAAAAGGAACGGGAACUUUUAAAGGAAAACUAUGAUAAACUUUAUGACAGUGCCUUCAGUGCUGCCCAUGAAGAGCAAUGGAAGUUAAAGGAGCAGCAGCUGAAAGUACAGAUUGCUCAGCUCGAGACUGCCUUGAAGUCUGACUUAACAGACAAAACUGAAAUCCUUGACAGAUUAAAAACUGAAAGAGAUCAAAAUGAAAAACUUGUUCAAGAGAAUAGAGAACUACAGUUACAGUAUCUGGAACAAAAGCAACAACUUGAUGAACUUAAAAAACGCAUGAAAUUGUACAACCAGGAGAAUGAUAUUAAUGCUGAUGAAUUGAGUGAAGCUCUCCUACUUAUAAAGGCUCAAAAAGAACAAAAAAAUGGAGACCUUUCCUUUUUAGUGAAAGUGGAUAGUGAAAUUAAUAAAGAUCUAGAACGCUCUAUGAGAGAGCUGCAAGCAACUCAUGCAGAAACGGUACAAGAGCUGGAAAAGACAAGAAACAUGCUAAUUUUGCAACACAAAAUUAAUAAAGAUUAUCAGAUAGAGGUUGAGGCAGUGACCCAUAAGAUGGAAAAUUUGCAGCAAGACUAUGAACUCAAAGUGGAACAAUAUGGUCAUCUUCUGGAUAUCAGGGCUGCACGUAUCCAGAAACUAGAAGCCCAAUUAAAGGAUAUUGCCUAUGGCACCAAGCAGUACAAAUUUAAACCAGAAAUCAUGCCAGAUGACUCUGUUGAUAAAUUUGAUGAAACCAUCCACUUAGAACGAGGCGAAAAUCUAUUUGAAAUCCAUAUCAACAAAGUAACCUUUUCUUCUGAAGUUUUACAGGCAUCUGGAGAUAAAGAGCCUGUCACUUUCUGUACCUAUGCUUUCUAUGAUUUUGAACUACAGACAACUCCCGUAGUGCGAGGCUUUCAUCCUGAAUAUAACUUCACUUCUCAAUAUCUUGUUCAUGUUAAUGACUUAUUUUUGCAAUAUAUUCAGAAGAAUACUAUCACCCUUGAGGUCCACCAAGCUUAUAGCACAGAAUAUGAAACAAUUGCAGCAUGUCAAUUAAAAUUCCACGAAAUGCUUGAAAAAAGCGGCCGAAUAUUCUGUACAGCAAGUUUGGUUGGAACAAAAGGAGACAUCCCAGAUUUUGGCACAGUGGAAUACUGGUUCCGAUUAAGAGUUCCCAUGGAUCAAGCAAUUCGACUUUAUCGAGAAAGGGCAAAGGCUUUGGGAUAUAUAACAUCAAAUUUUAAGGGGCCAGAGCAUAUGCAGUCGUUAAGUCAGCAAGCACCCAAAACUGCUCAACUCAGUUCUACAGAUUCCACAGAUGGCAACUUAAAUGAACUUCACAUUACAAUAAGAUGUUGCAACCACCUGCAGUCCCGAGCAAGCCACCUGCAGCCACACCCAUAUGUUGUGUACAAGUUUUUUGAUUUUGCAGACCAUGAUACAGCCAUCAUUCCCAGUAGCAAUGAUCCACAGUUUGAUGAUCAUAUGUGUUUCCCAGUGCCAAUGAAUAUGGAUUUGGAUCGGUACCUUAAGUCAGAGUCUCUGAGUUUUUAUGUUUUUGAUGAUAGUGAUACCCAGGAGAAUAUUUACAUAGGAAAAGUCAAUGUGCCUCUGAUUUCGUUGGCACAUGACAGGUGUAUCUCAGGAAUAUUUGAGUUAACAGACCAUCAAAAGCAUCCUGCUGGCACCAUCCAUGUUAUAUUGAAAUGGAAAUUUGCUUACCUUCCACCAAGUGGAUCAAUAACAAUGGAAGACUUAGGAAAUUUCAUUCGCAGAGAAGAGCCAGAAGUUGUUCAAAGACUUCCUCCAGCGUCCUCUGUUAGUACACUAGUUGUAGCACCAAGACCUAAACCAAGACAACGUUUAACACCUGUAGGUAAGAAGGUAUCUUUCGUGGAUAUCAUGCCACAUCAGAGUGAUGUCUCACAAGAAAGCAGUGUAGAUGAGGUAAAAGAAAAUACUGAGAAAAUGCAGCAAGGAAAAGAUGAUGUGUCUUUACUAUCUGAAGGUCAGCUUGCAGAACAAAGCUUGACAUCUUCUGAAGAUGAAACAGAAAUAACAGAGGACUUGGAACCAGAAGUUGAAGAGGACAUACCAGCUUCUAACAGUGAUGACUAUAUUAUUCCAGGUCCUAUCUCCAAGAAUAUCAAACAGCCAUCAGAAAAAAUUCGGAUUGACAUCAUAGCUCUAAGCCUUAAUGAUUCUCAAGUAACCAUGGAUGACACUAUCCAACGGCUGUUCGUUGAGUGUCGAUUCUACAGUCUUCCUGCUGAAGAGACACCCGUGUCGCUUCCAAAACCCAAGAGUGGGCAGUGGGUCUACUAUAACUAUAGCAAUGUGAUCUACGUGGAUAAAGAAAACAACCAAGCAAAGAGAGACAUCUUAACAGCUAUACUACAAAAACAAGAGAUGCCUAAUAGAAGCAUUCGCUUCACCGUGGUCAGUGACCCUCCAGAGGAUGAGCAGGACCUGGAGUGUGAGGACAUUGGCGUGGCUCACAUUGACCUUGCCAACAUGUUUCAGGAAGGGAGGGACCUCAUUGAGCAAGACAUCGAUGUUUUUGAUGCACGAGCAGAUGGUAAAGGUAUUGGCAAGCUCAGGGUAACAGUCGAAGCUCUCCAUGCCCUCCGGUCUGUCUACAAGCAAUACAGAGAUGACUUGGAGGCUUGAAAGCAACUGCUCCAGAAGCAUCUCCUACUCCUGAGUAAAUGCUCACAUGAAAGCUCCUACAUGAGAUUUUUGUAACUACUCUGGUGUAUAUAAUCUACAUAAUUCAUGGGAAGCUGGGAGUGGGGAGACCUGGGUUUGAAGUGUUGAAGUUUUGUAUACUUUUUCGUUUGUUUAUUUCUCUACCCCCUCCUUCUCAUAACUGCCAACCCUCAGGACUUAAGUUCUCCAUAAUGGGCAGUACCUUCUCAAUAAUGUAUACCUACAUGAUAGCAUGAGAAAGUCUAUUUGCAUUUGCAACAUUUUCUUAGGAAGAACUGAAAUGUAAUUCCCAUUUUUAUUUUUAAUAAGCAAAAGCAUAAAUCUUAGAAAACCUAUGAAAAAGAAAUACUUUUAUGUUAUCCCUAAUUGUCCCACUAAAUGGAAUGCCUAUGAUUAGCCUCAUUAAGAGUUUUAUACUGUGAAGAUUUUAUUAGAAGCAAUAUAUGAAAAUUACUUGGAUUAAUGUGUUAAUCUUCCUCUUUAAAAUGCUAAUAUCCAUUUUAUGCACAUUAAAGCUCAGUAUGCAUUUUCUUUGAUGCAUGCGGUUUCUAUCAAUUAAAUAUAAAGAAUGAAACUUAGCACCAACUUAUUCAAUGACUGCAAGUUUUUUGUUUUUCUUUCGUAAAAGUUCAUUCUAUUUGUAUUAUUUUCAUGUAUUUGUAAUGGUGAUAUGAGAUCCAAGGCUGUAUAUAUAAAAAGGAGAUAGGUAUAUAGAUAGAUGUGAAAUUUACAUGUUGAAAACAGCAUAUAACAUAGAAAGAAAUUAUGAAAAGUAUAACUCAAAUUCUGAUAUGCUUAGUUAGACGUGAAAGGAGUAUCUUUUUAUCAUUAUUUAAAUUUACAUCAAGCCAGUACAGUGCCGGGGUGUAUCUGGGUAACCAGAUCCUCGAAAAGCAGCUCCGAAAGUUAAUUUUCUAGCUUUUACCCAAUCUCACUGAAGGAUUUAAUUGAUAUUUUUAAUGGAGCUGUGAAUCAAUGCUGCAAAGGAAUUGUCUCUAGAGGUCUAGGAUAUAAUGCAUUUCAUUUUUUAAUUUACUUUUUUAUUUGUCAUUUUCUUCAAAGGAUUUUUAUAGGCUGUGGGUUUUCACUGUUUGCAAACAGGCUAUGUUCCUUCUUAAGCAUAUGUAAAGUAUUCAGGGAGAUAAGUAAUUUAUUAAAAUCUACCUAAUUUGCCGUGAUAUAUUAAAUCUCUGCUUCAGUGAUCACAGACCAUUUCAUUUAGAGAAUUAGGCAUUCCCUCUUUGUGUGAUUAAAGCUCUGGAAAAUGAGUUCUUUGCUCCUAUUUGUGAACAUUCAAAGCCUGCUAAUGGCAAGAAGAUGGAAUAGAUUAUGAGACAAUUCAUUACAGUUCAAUAGAAAAAAAAAGCAGCUAUAAUGCAAAAAUGCAAGUAUGAAUAUCUGCAUAUAGUUUGAACCAUCUGUGCUCUAAUGGCUUCAAUAAUGACUCUCGUCUUUAGGAGGCUUUGAAAUGACAUCCGUACAAUAUUAAUUUGUUGAUGUACAUUGUGGGACCAGUAGAGUAUGAUCUGACCACAGAAAUCUAUAAAUUCUGUCUAUACCACUGGGCCUGUCUGUCCUGGGGCCUGCCAUCUCCGAGAAGAAUCUUGCUCUCAUCCAACUCGGCAAAUCUUCAUAAUAACUCAUUCCUCUGGAACCUUCUAGAGACCACAAACAUCUGCAGACUAAACCUCUCCAAUCCUAGUAAACAACCACAUGUUUGUUGUCACUUAGGCUGGCUCUGAGCUCAUUUUUUUGGCCCCUCUUUCUAGCUUUCUUUGGCUUUAUGCAGUUACAGUGUCAUUAAGGCCCAUAAUAUUCCUUGCAGUAAUUUAAAACAGCCAGAUUAUACCCUGGGAUUAACUGAGUGGUUUUUGAGACAUUUAUUGUGGUAUUCUCCCAGGAGGUUUGUAUUAUUGUUGUAAAAUGUUACAUCCCAAACUAAAUAACCCUUCUGCAGGGAGAAGAACCAGAUUGCACUGACUUCUUAGGAUCAUUCAGUGGAAAGGAAAAGUGUUUCUUAGAAAACUUCUGGGACCCAGUCACCUGUACGGAAUGCAUAUCUUAGACAAGAUUAGAGAAGCAGCCAUGUUUCUGUCACAUUGUUUACUGUCGUAUUAAAGAUUUCUAGUUUUAAAAUA